CUACUCGCCUUUAAUAAAUUUCAUCUUCCUCAUACUACACCACAUCAAAACCUUAACUCUUUGGUUCAUAAUAACACUGUUGCAAAAAUGGCUACUAAAAGGGUUUUUGAUGAUUCUAAUGAUAAAGAUCAAGACAAUCCAAACGACAAACGAAUGAGAUCAUCUACUAGUCGACCUUCUUUUGCUUCUGUAAUAGAAACAGCGGUUAAUGUGCAAAACAUGCGGAACUUUUUAGGAGCUUUGGAACCAUUUCUUAAAAAAGUGGUGAGUGAAGAGGUGGAUAGAGCAAUUGGAAAGUGCAUUCCAUCUUCCAUCAAUAGGUCACCUUCAUUAAGAAUCCAAGCACCAAGGGAUCAACAACCAACCUUACAACUCUCAUUCAGCAAAAGGCUUUCCCUCCCAAUUUUCACAGGUAGUAGAAUACUCGACGUUGAAGGUAAGCCUAUCUGCAUAAGUCUUGUUGACAAAACAAACAAUAACCAAAUUGUUCCAACAAGUCUUCCUUACCCUAUAAAGCUAGAGAUUGUUGUACUUGAUGGAGAUUUUCCACAUGAUGAAAACGAGAAUUGGACUUGUGAAGAAUUCAAUAAAUACACAGUGAAGGAAAGAACUGGGAAGAGACCAUUACUUUCUGGAGAAUUGAACCUUACUAUGAGAGGUGGAAUUGCACCAAUUGGAGACAUAGAGUUCACAGAUAAUUCUAGCUGGAUAAAGUGCAGGAAGUUUAGGGUUGCGGUUAAGGUGAGUCAUAGGAGUAAUCAAAGCAUUAGGAUUCAAGAAGGCAUGACUGAGGCAUUUGUUGUGAAGGAUCAUCGUGGAGAAUUGUUCAAAAAACACCACCCACCGAUGCUUAGCGAUGAUGUGUGGCGCCUAGAGAAGAUAGGGAAAGAUGGAGCUUUCCACCAAAAAAUGAUGGCUAAGGGGAUCAAAACAGUGCAAGACUUUCUUAAAUUAGCAGUUAUUGAUACUCCAAAGCUAAGAGAGAUUUUGGGCAUUGGGAUGUCUGAUAAAAUGUGGAAAGUCACAAUAAAGCAUGCAAUGACUUGUGACAUGGGGAGCAAGAUCUAUAGGUACCGUGGACCUCAAUUUAUCAUUCUUCUGAAUCCAAUAUGCAAAUUAAUUAAAGCUAAUAUCAAUGGACAAGAAUUUUCCAGCAGAGAGUACUUGAACCAAAUGAAUAAGAGCUAUAUAGACAAAUUGGUUGGAGAAGCAUACACAAAAUGGCAUGAGUUGGAGGAAAUUGAUGGGGUUUUAAAUGAUAACAUUGCUUUGUUAACCCAAGGUGAUCAAACUGUGGAGCAAUAUCCAAACAAUCAUCAAGCAACAAUAGCUCCAACAUAUCAUCAGAAUCAAUAUUAUGGUGAUCCAUCUAUAGAAAAUAUUGCUAGCUAUGUACCAAGCAAUAAUGCACAAAUGGCUAGCAGUGAGUGGUUAUUGAAUCAAGGCUAUACCACAACACCAAAUGCAAAUGGAGUUCCUUUUGGCUUCACAGGCUCACAAUCAGAUGGGGACAUGAUACCUUCAAGUUCAGGCCCUAGGGACAUUAAUGGGUUCACAAGGCAACUUUAGAUGUAUUAAAUUCGGACUUGGAUUGCCUGCUGUAACUGUUUCACGCAAUAGUCGAUCUCAUCCAUAGAAAAGUGACUAAACAGCUCAGAUUUAUUCGGCCAUUUUUCUUACAGUUUGAUCGAAACCACCAGUUGAAGAUUGGACGGCUAAGAUCUAUUACAUCAUGACGCUGUUACAACACCAAAUCCUAUUCCAAUAAUUCCUACAAACUUUAUAAUAAGCAAAUAUAAUAGGUAAGCUACUUACACGUAUGUAUAAGUUCUUUUUAUAAUUAUUGUAAACUUACACUUGCUUGCAAGUGGUGUACCCAUAAAUAAUGUGUCAAAGUCAAAAUGUAAAAGAAGCUACUUUGAUUUUGGGUUGUACAUAAGAGCAAGUGCAAGCAUUGAAGAAAAAGAAAUUAGGAUUAGUGUAAAUGUGGCAGGGGCUAAUGAUGUAGAAUUCAACCUGCCAUUUUGUAGUGAAGAGUCAAUACUCCGAUAUUAAUGUAUUUAUGAUCAUGAAACAAUAUUAAUGUAAGACAUCCUCUAUAAUAUGGUU